AUGGCUGAAAGAGUGGAUAUCGCUGACGUCAAGGUGCUAAGUGAGAAACUUGGAUUUGGAGCCGCUGCUGUGGUGCGCAAAGGCAUUUUUAAGGACCAGCCCAUUGCGGUGAAGGCGUACAACUUUCUGACUGAGACCCAAAAGAAAAAUGCAUUAAGGGAAAUCACACAUUUAACGGAGAUCAGCCACGAAAAUAUUGUGACGGUCUUCGGCACAGCCAGCGAUGGGAAGUCGGAGUAUUUAUUGAUGGAGUAUCUGAAGAAUGGGUCGCUCUACGAUUUUCUUUACGGCGACAACCAGUGGGAGUACACUGUGCAGCAAGCCGCUCGCUGGGCAUUCCAAUGUGCCAAGGCUUUGGCCCACUUGCACUCAAGGGAACGACCGUUGCUGCACCGCGAUAUAAAGCCGCAAAACCUGCUAUUGGAUGAUGAUUUUGAAACCCUAAAAAUUGGUGACUUUGACUUGGCCACGGAUAUGUCCAACAACCAGUCAGAUAUGCGAGGGACUGUGAAGUAUAUGGCUCCAGAGGCAUUCAGGGAUAGAAAGUAUACGGACAAGGGCGAUGUGUACAGCUUUGGGAUUGUGCUUUGGGAGCUGAUGUCGCGUACACAGCCCUAUAAGGACUAUGAGAAUGUGGGCAAUGAAUUUGCCAUUUUGGUAGCUGUAAACGAAGGUGUAAGACCACCGAUGCCUGCAGUGAGAUCCGAUUGCCCAGAGGGCAUCAAGCAAAUGAUUGAACGAUGCUUGGAAGCAGAUCCCCAAAAACGGCCCUCCAUGAAGGAGAUUGAGGAUUACUUGGGCAAAUACUGCGAAACUGGCAUCGAAGAGGACUUCAUCGAGAUCCUCGACGAGGACACCAUUGCCAUGGUGACCUAUCACGAGGAUCCGUCGGGCAAUCGAGUGAUGCGCGUUGAUUUCUGGCGCAGUUUGGAGCGUCCCGUUCGCAUGACCUUUCCGAUCGUUAAGCGGGAAAUAGAUCGAGUGGUAGAGGUAGUUACUCGCGAGACUGUUCGAGCUGCCGAGGAUGCGUGCAGGGAGACCUCGAGGGCGGCCCACGAUGGGGAGCGGGAGACGCGGAGGGCGGAGAAUCAUGCCGAGCACGAAACCUCGAGGGCUGCUCACGAUGGCGAGCGGGAGACGCGGAGGGCGGCCCAGGAUGUGGGUCGCGAAACCAAACGGGCGAUCAAGAAAAUGGGGAAGAAGCUGCGCUGGUGAACACAGAACAUCUGAAAUAUGAUUAUUAAUUCGUUAUGCUAAUGUGCGGGGAAUGAUUAAUAAA